AUGGAGCCGAUCAAGGAACCUGAGGUCCUGGUAUACGAGCCUGAUUAUUCUGGAAUCCUCUUUGUAGCUGAAUCUCAAGUGGCCAAGAUUCCACCAGUUGAGGUUCGACGACGAAAACUAAUAUUGGAUGACUCGGACGACGAACCCCUCCUGCCUCCUCGGCCCAGGAUGGAAAAUGAUGCUGGUUUUGAAGUGAAAAAGAAGGUCAAGUUUGGCAGUUUGGCAGGUCCAUCUAGGGCAAGUUCGAUAGGUGGUCGCGGCUUUCGAGGCUAG